AUGCCAAAUCCGUACGCGUGCAUCCCGCUUGACUGUAUAGACCAUUUUUGUUCCGAGUACGAAACAAAUCCAGAUACCGGUGAAAUACGAUUUACCGCUCCAAAAACAAAAGGCUCUCCCUAUCCAGACUAUGACGAAGAGGCGAGUAAAACGGCCGGCUUACUUGGACGAAUAUGCGACCGAGUUUAUCCCGUUGGGAAAUCGAAGGCUCUCGGAGAAUUUGGCGAAGACUACGACGACUUUUCCGACUGGGACGACACUCCAGACGACCCCGAGUAUCGCAAGAACGGGGUCGGUCGAGACACCCAAACCGAUGGACAGCGCGUUGGCAAAGAUCAAAACAAACGCGCAGCAAGUGGCAACGGGUCAGAACCCACUGGAAAUCGCGGCUUCAUGGCAAAUGAAUCUAUCCAACAAUCUGAACAAGAUUGGAAUCGGAGAUCCAACGUCACCAACAAGCGCUUCGCCGGCGAGAGCGAACCCCCGUUGAAGAAAUUGAAUCAGAGACUCCCAGAUAUUCAAGAGCUCCCCGAGAGCGACACCGGAUGGUGGAAUUCGACAGAUCCGCUAAUCGACGAGAAUGGCACCCAACAGUGGUCGGAGAAGCGUCAAGGUUUGAGUGGCUUGCAAGACGCGAAUAUGCAAAGCGACGCCGACUCGAACAUGAACUACGAAUCAUUCGGCAGUAUGCAAACCAACAACGACAACAACGAAGACGUCGAGAUGAUGGAUUUCGAAGAGUCAGAUUUGAGCGAAAACGUGCGGCAACCCCAGGCCCGAGAGGCGACGACAGCGACGAAAGCAAGUACAUUGUCAUCAGUGACAACGAAUCCGGAAGCGAACAGCCGCAUGUUUCCUACGCAAAGGGACCAAAGAAAUCAAAACGAGUGGUUACUGAAUUCGAACCGCCCAGAGGAUCAACAACUGCUCAACAAUCGGACGAAUCGGAGCAAAGCGAGCAGGGAUCCACGCCUCAUGAGGGGUCCCCGAUCAGCGAUGUGGAAAACUUUUGGCAAUGAACCGGGCACAACAUCGCCAUCUGCAAAUCUUUUUUACAAUUUGAAAAACGCUUCUGCUUAUAGUGGAAUGGAUCUUGCAAAAUUUAAACGUCGUAACAAAACAAUCUCAAUGCACAAACCCUACAAAUCACGUUUUCGCCGUAAUCCCAUUAUUGCGACUGGACUUUAUACUUGUCUAUUUGCUGAUACUUGUGAAUGGUUCGCCAACGAUGUUGAGAUCAAUAAUGGCUACAGAUAUAUUCUUGUUGUUGUGGAUGGUUUAUCACGUCAGAGCUUUGUACGCCCUCUAAAGCGCAAGACGGCGGAAGAAACGGCUGCAGCGCUUGAAGACAUCAUAAAGCGCUUGGAUUUACCCGGUCACACGUUUCUUAUGGUCGAUGACGGCAAUGAAUUUAAAGGAGCCGUUUUGCCGCUAUUGGAGAAAUGGCAAAUAACUCCUCAUCAACUUCGAGGGCGUCAUAAAUCAUCAAUCGCAGAGCGCUUUAUGCACAUGACAGAAAACUUUGGAAAUCUUUUGUUCUACAAUCGUGAUGUUCGCUGCGAUGACGAUCCGUACAAAGGCUAUAAAGUUCUUUCAAGAGCUGGCCAAUUUGACUGUGGAAACCGCGUCCUUUUUGAAGUGCCGGAUGACAAGUUUUCGCUCAAACUUUCGGAGUGCAUGUUUCGGUUUCGAUUGUCAAUGCCCGAAAACUAUGUACCCGACAACGAUGUUCAUGGAAAACUUGUAAGAAAACUGGAUAUCAAAAUCCUGGACAACCGUAUAUUCUCAUCAUUUGACGAUCACGAGCACGCUUUCUUUAGUCAAGCCAUCACAAAAUUGAAUUAUUCUCCAUUGGCGCAGGAUUGCGAGCUUUUUCCAUAUGGUCGAUUCGAUAGCUUGGAAGCGGAUUCAUACGAGCUUGAAUAUAUAAAGCUCGCUCGGAAUAAUAAAACAUUGGCUGAAAACCGGAAGCAAUAUGGACAAAAACGAUGGGAAACUCAUUCUGAAGCUGUCGUUUUUAAAACUGGUGAUCAACCUCAAAAAUACGAACGAUGCUUUUACGACUACGAUUUCCGAGCGCCAAUAACUCAUGGGCUUGCGCGUCAACCUCGCGUCUUACCCCCAGGCUCACGACCGUCGCUUGAAGUUACACUCAAUUACAUUUCGCGCGUGUUGAUGGAAUUGAGCGAGUUUCAACUGUGCCGAGUAAGCGAAGACGCUGUCUCAAAUAUGGAAUGGCCCUUUCCAACUGGAAUGAAGACUGUCGGUGAACCGAUGGAGCAUAAAACUGCUGAGGAUUGCGAUUGCACGGCUGCAAAAUACGACUCUGGAGAAUACACCGAUUUGGAACAAGUUUAUAAAGCUGGAGAGGCAAAAUACACUGAUAAAUCGCUACUUUAUCAAAAAACAAAAAUAAACUCUGGUGAUGCAGAAGCUCCGUGGAAGGCUCACACUCUUAAAGUCACAACGCCAAUCAUCUCACCUUGUCCAGAGGAUGACAAAAAGAAGUACAUUUGGAUGAAGCAUACACUCGAUCCUGAAGAUAUUGUUGACCCCAAAAAUUACAUUAUGGAGUCGGUAUUCUGCGAACCCGGAAAAUCGGAAAAGCCCGUUUCGACUGGUGUCAAAGGGGAGGGAGUGCUACCAUUCUUUUAUCCCCGAAUGACGCGAAAAUCGCUGUCCGGAAAUUUGUCAACUUACGACAUUGAGGUUAAUACUGGUCCCCUUCCAAAAAUGAUUGUGCUGACUGGAAUGCCUCACUCUCGCUAUGAGAUAAAAUCCUUUCGACAGUGCCUCACCAAAACGACAAUGGCCGAUCCCGACUUCAAAAUAAAGCAGCUGACCGUCUUUGUCAACAAUGUGCCGCAAUUUCGAUCACCAUGGACUACGGCGACAGAUCAUUAUACAAAUUUUAUGAAGCAUAAUGGAAGAUGGGAUAACAAAGCUAACGCUCUUGGCCAGGAUUUUUUCGUUUUCCGGGAUUAUUUCUGGAUGGUUCCAUUAUUCUUUGACGAUCGCGAAGGAAAUACGGCAAACGUCACAAUAAGGAUAGAAUUUGAGACACCGCUUGAAGCUACGUGGGACACGCUCAUUUUCCGAAUUCCGAGAAACGAACUGUUUCUGGACGCAAAUCGAAAUGAAGCGACCGUCCUGGAGAAAAACGCCUCUGGUAAAAAACGGAAGUCUGCGGAAUUAAAGGCUUUGGAAGAAAAGUGCACAAAGGAUACAAAAGUCGAUAGCACCACACGCGGCGUCAACAAGGGCAACUCCAAAAGACGAAAAGGAUGA